AAUGACAACCACGCCACAAUGCAAACGUCAUUCCACUACUGCUAUAAGUCUGUGCGAAUAGUUGAGCUCGCUAGAAUCUCGACUAUCAACAAUGUAUAAGUCUGUCUUCAACGGUGUGAUUGCAAUCGUGUUCAUUUGGAGCAAUGUUGCAAUUCUGUGCGUACUGUGUCCAAGCCCUUCUGGAAUUCAUGAUGAAUCGAAGUUAGCUGGGCAGAUGAAACUCUGCCGGAGGAGAUGUGGCCUAAGGUUUCAAGCAGAUGACGCGGAAUCAACAUCAAAUGAAGGGUUACGUGAACGUCGUCAGUCUUCUUAUGAAGAGUGCCUAAGUUUUGUAAGGAAACGUUGCCUUCGUUCACGUCCGAAGAAGCAGAAACAAUAUCUUGAUCAGCGAACGAAGAGAGAAAUACGAGGUGCGGAUAAUUGCUUUAUUGAGCCGACGGGAAAAAAUGAUACCGUUUAUUCUCCCGAGUCUAUCAGCUUGACUUUAAAAAAUUGGAAAAGCUCUGGAGGAUAUGAAGGGGAGGUGUCAUGGAAACCUUUCAAAGAUGACGCGUUAAACUGGACUGGAUAUAGAGUAAUCUAUGUCAUAAACGAUAAUGUCACCAAAUGCAGGGACUUUGGCAAGAAUUUUACGAGCUAUAAAAUACCAUUGAAAUUGCAAAGUGGAUGGGACGUGACUGCUCUUGUUACUCUUCUGCCAUUCCCGACUGGAUACAAGUUUUCGAUCCCCUAUUGUUUUGUUUCAGAUGAAAAAAACUGUAAGAAAGGAUCAAUGAUAGAAAUAAGAACAACAAAAGUAUCAGCAACAACAACAACAAUAUCAAAACCAGAUGAAUAUUAUUCUCCCGAGUCUAUCAGCUUGACUUGGAAAAGCUCUGGAGAAUAUGAAGGGGAGGUGUCAUGGAAACCUUUCAAAGAUGACGCGUUAAACUGGACUGGAUAUAGAGUAAUCUAUGUCAUAAACGAUACUGUCAUCAAAUGCAGGGACUUUGGCAAGAAUUUUACGAGCUAUAAAAUACCAUUGAAAUUGCAAAGUGGAUGGGACGUGACUGCUCUUGUUACUCUUCUGCCAUUCCCGACUGGAUACAAGUUUUCGAUCCCCUAUUGUUUUGUUUCAGAUGAAAAAAACUGUAAGAAAGGAUCAACGAUAGCAAUAACAACAACAAAAGCACCAGCAACAACAACAAUAUUAACACCAGGAUCAACGAUAGCAAUAACAACAACAAAAGCACCAGCAACAACAACAAUAUUAACACCAGGUAACAAAAAUACGAUCAUUAUCAUUAUUGGAGUAGUUUUGGCCAUUGCCUUUUUGGCAGGCGUAAUAGCAACCCUGCGUUAUUGCCGACGAUCGAAAACCGAUCUUACACCAUCGAUGCCAGAUUUAAAAUUUGAGUACGAUGCAUUCGUUAUAUUCAGCUCACAAGACUCGGAUUGGGUGGUAAACACUCUCAUCCCAACUCUGGAAAAAAAGCAUGGCUUGAAGUGCUGCAUACAUUACAGAAAUUUCACACCAGGAGUCCUUUUUAGGGACAAUGUGGUGGACAGUGUUUACAAGUGUAGAAAAACCCUUGCUAUUGUCUCUACUCACUUUUUUGAUAGUAAUUAUUGUGAAUCAGAACUGGAUUUCGCCCUUCAUCGACUUAUGGAAAAGAGGGAUGACAGCCUAGUUGUCAUCAAACUUGAUGAAGUUGAUAAAAGGAAACUUCCCAUGGAACUGCAAGAGAGGAGUUACAUAGACUAUUCGAAAUCAGUCGAAAAAAAAGCGUGGGAGAAAAAAUUGGUUGACUGCUUAAAGAACAAAGCUAAAAAAUAAAGCAAAGCAAGCAAUAAAUCAUAAACAGAAAAAGCAAACGACGAUACUUGCCUUGUAAGCUUUCUCGUGGGGGCCAUGUUGUAAUACGAAAGGGACUGCAGGACAAAAUUCAAACUUUCAAGAGAGACAUCAUUGACUUAUCUAUUUCUGUAUUACUGUGUUACAAAUCUAAUUUUCGACAGACAUGUCAUCUCUAUUCUCGCAUCUGCUAUGUGUUGCACGUACACCUAUUUUGUUUCGUCAUUUCUAUCCGUUUCCGGUGAGAAGUUGAAAAGACACUUCGUGAAAGGUAGCGACCCGAUCAAAUAACAUGUUUACCUCAAUCUAAUCUGCAAUUUUCACAUGAAUGUUAAUGGCUCGUAUCAGUAGUAAUUCUGCAAUAAUUUCAGGGAACAUUAUUCGACCAGCUUCGCCCUGUAGCUUUUUCACAAAAGGGCAGUCUUUUUCAAGAUGAGAUGAGUACACACACACACACACGCACACACGCACACACGC